UUCAUUUAAAUGUGAGUAUAAUCUGAAUUGUGUUUUGCUGUUAGGCCGAAAAGGCCUUCAUGGUCGCCAGAGGAAUCGUCAGAGAAGCUCACACCAGCCUGGAGGCUCUCCAAGUUCGGCUGAAGGAAGUGAGGGACCGUUUGGACCGCGUGUCACGUGAAGAGGCACAUUAUUUAGAGUUAGCCACACUGGAACAUAAGUUACUGCAGGAAGAACGGCGUCUCAGAACGGCCUAUGAGAACGCAGAAGGCGGAGAGCGAGAGAAGUUUGCGCUCUUCUCUGCUGCCGUGCGAGGGAGCCACGAGAAAGAGCGGACCAGGGCUGAACGUACCAAAAACUGGUCCGUUAUUGGUUCGGUGUUGGGCGCUGUCAUUGGCGUGAUGGGUUCGACUUAUAUAAACCGGGUACGUUUGCAGGAACUCAAGAGCCUGUUGCUGGAGGCCCAGAAGGGACCGGUGAUUCUUCAGGAAGCCAUCAAGGUCCAGGCCAACAUGCACAAAACGCAACAAGACGAACUCCGCAACCUCAUCGACUCACUCAGGAUGGCUUUGAAAGGCAGUGUAAAAGAUGUGAAAACAGUCAAACCAGCGUUUGUCCCACCAGCAACUGCCGUCGUCGCAACUUCUGCAUCCAGUUCUUCAGAAGAAGCGAUCCGAGAGAUUCUCCAACACAGCCAAAGAGCCCAAGGGCUCAUUGAAAGCCUUAAACCACAGCUGGAGCAGCUGGAGGAGAAUGUCGGGAAGGUCGAGACCGAGUUGCAGGCGGUCAAGACGACCCUGCAGUAUCGUCCAGCGGAGAAGCCAGUCAUUCAAACCCGAGAUGCGCAGCUUUUUGUAUGCGAUACAGAGACAGUCGUUCAAGGCCUCGGUCAAACGGAGAAAAGACUGGAGGCGCAGAUCAACAAAACAACUCAAUACAAUACAGUCUGGACAUGUGCGGCGUUUGCUGUGACUGUGCCAGUUCUGUACAUAUUGUUGAGAGGUACUUGAAAAGUAUGCAGGCAGUGUGCAUUUUAGGGGCCAAUUAAUACACUAGAGAAAAAUGUAACUAAAGAGUGCAGUUAUUGUCCAAGGCUGUAAAAGAUUGAUUAAAUAUUGUCAAUGCUACGUUUCAUUGUUGUAUAUACAUUCUUUGUGUUAUUUUAAUUCUUCAUACUAAACCAAUAACAUACUGUACUUAAGAAUGUGAUCAUUUAAAUGAAAUUAUUUC